AUGUCAACACGUGCGGCGUCGUCGUGCACUCGUGCGAUAACUCUUACCUACGAAUUGCGAUGUGCCGAUGACGAGUGUGACAACUAAUACUCGAAAUUUGAAUGCGAAAAGUGGUCAGCAGGCAGCAAACGAACCGAUAUUUCGUCAAUAGCUAGACAGAAUCAUGAAGGAUAAAAUAUUUUUUGCCAAAAACAAAGCACCGAAAUGUCCAAACAAUCGCCGUGGAAGACUCAUUAUUCGAAAUCUUCCGUUUACAACGGAUGAAGAGCAAUUAAAAGAACAUUUCUCCAAGUUUGGUGAAAUAAAUGAUAUUAAACUUCUACGAAAACCCGAUGGAAAGCUUAUUGGUUGUGGUUUUGUACAAUUCAUUGUUAAACAAAAUGCUGCUAAAGCGAUUGCCCACACUAGUGGCAAAGACUUUGGUGGUCGAUCUAUUGUUGUUGAUUGGGCUAUACCAAAAAAUAAGUAUGAAACUAUUCAUACUACUAAAGAAAAGGAAGAAAAUAUAUCUGUCAAAGAAGAAUAUGUUGAAGAUCAAGAAGAAAUUAAAGAAGAUUUAUCUAAUGAUCAAGACAAUAUAGAAAAACCUUCAAAAACUGCUGAAGAUUAUCUUACUCUUGACACAAUAAAAGACGAAGAUGACAAUUUGGUAGAUUUUGAGACUACAGAUAUUGAAAAUGAUGUUAAACGAAAAAGAGAAAACACUGAUGACAAUGAGUCUAUAAUUUCUACAUCAAACAAAAAACGUUUUAAAUCUCAUGAUGUUAAAGAAGGUUUAACAGUUUUUUUUAAGAAUGUUUCAUUUAGUGUUAACAAUGAUGAACUGAAGCGAUUUGUUAAAGAACGAUUUGGACCAAUUUAUUAUGCUCUUGUUUGCGUGGAUCGUUUGACAGAACAUUCUAAAGGAACAGCAUUUGUUAAAUUCAGGGAUUCUAGCAGCGUAGAAGCUUGUAUGUCUAGUUCUCCUGAAGAGCUAACUCUCAAUGGAUCUACAAUGGAACCUCAAAUGGCAAUCGAUAAAGAAGUUCUAGAUAAAAAUAAAGAUGACAAAGUUACUCAUAAGGAUAACAGAAAUUUGUAUUUAAUCAAAGAAGGAGUCAUAAUUGUCGGUACAGCAGCUGCAAAUGGUGUAUCUGUUCAUGAUAUGAACAAGAGACUUGAGUUGGAACAAUGGAAAUCUCAAGUUCUAAAAAAUUUAAACAUGUUUGUGGCUCGUAAUCGACUUAUUAUCCACAACUUGCCAGCAAACAUGGAUAACAAAACCUUAAAAGAUUUAUUUACAAAAUAUACUCGUCCUAAUGCUGUAUUAAAAGUAGUUGUAAUGAGAAAUUUAAAACAAGUUGAUCCCAAUGGAGUACCAAUUUCAAAAGAAUAUGCUUUUGUAACAUUCAAGCAACAUGAAGAUGCUUUGAAGGCUCUUAGAUCUAUCAAUAACAACCCAAAGAUUUUCAAUUCGAAUAAAAGACCAAUAGUAGCAUUUUCUAUUGAAAAUAGGCUAGUUUUACAAGCCAGACAACGGAGAAUAGAUAAAAGUAAAACUAGCAAUCCAUUAUUUAAAAAACAGCAAUCAAGUACUUCAUCGACUGCUGAAAAUAAAAAUAAAAAAUUUAAUACAGAUAACAAUAAAAAUAAUAAAAAAUUUAGUGCAGAAAAUAAUAACAGAAACAAUAGAAGUACAGCAUUAUCGAAAAAAAAAACAGCAGAACUCCCUGAAUAUACUGGUAUAACAGCUAAAGAGGGACACAUGGCAAUUCGAUCAAAGUUCAAGCUGAAGAUUCAGUCAGAAGCUCACCAGAAAAAUGUCAAAACCAAGAAGAAAAUUACAAUGAAAAAGAAACGCGAUUUAGCCAUCAGAAAUGAGAAGAAGAGAGAACCAAAAGUGAAGAGCAAAAAGAAGAAUACUAAAAAAAAUGAUGCAUCAUUUUCAAAUCUAGUAAACAAAUAUAAAAAUAAAAUUUCGGCCCCGGAAACAUUGAAAAAAUGGUAUGAAGCAUAAUGAGAAUUAAGUGUAUUUUCUGUUGGAUAUUUGUAUGUUAAUAAAUUAAUAUAGUUCUUAAUGGA